AUGUCUUCUACUUCAGAACCCAUUGUCUUCUAUGACAUCGCCCUGCGGCCGCCAGUGGAGAAGACCUGCUGCUCUCCAAACCCAUGGAAAGCCCGACUGGCUCUCAACUUCAAGGGUGUCCCUUACACAACCAAAUGGGUGCCUCAACCUGACGUAGCCAAGGUCCGCCGCAGCCUCAAUGUGCCCGCUGUCCGCAAGUUUGCCGAUGGGUCGGACUUCUACACCUUACCCGUCAUCGUGGACCCCGCCACCAAAUCGGCUGUCGGCGACUCCUACGAUAUCGCAGUCUACCUGCAGAAAACCUACCCAGACUCCGGCGCGGGGGAUCUCUUCCCAGACCAGAAGCUCGACUACACCUUUACUCCCGAGUCUGCAAUUGUGGUGCCCCUCUCAGAGGUGCCGCAGAGCGGAUAUAUCGAAUACGCCAAGUUCAAUGUCAACGUCGACGCUGCAUUCACCACACAUGUGCAGCUCUCAACCCAGGAGUUCCCAUUCGACCCAGCCACAGCUGAGAUCAGUAAGGCUGAGUUUGUCCGCCGUGCUGGUGCUUCGUCCUGGGAUGACUUUGCCCUUACCGGCGAGGCGCGGGAGAAGGUGAAAGAGUCGUUUCGGAAAACGUUCGGCGAGCUCGCCAAGAUCUUCCUGAGGGACACCAGCGGGCCAUUCAUAAUGGGAACGAGAGCUACCUAUGCGGACUUCAUCGUUGGUGGAUGGUUGCGAAUGAUGCGCGGGACCUUGCCAGCGAGCGAGUGGGAGGAAUUGAGAAGCUGGCAUGACGGUCUUUUUGCGAAGUUGCAUGAUGCUCUAGAGGUAUAUGCAGAAGUUAAAUAG